AUCAAACUAUGUUAAAAACUGAUAAAACCUGGAAAACUAUUGAAAAUAAGUUAUUAAUUGCAUAUUUAGAUACUAUUGAGUAUUCAUGUGGUUCAUCAUUUUAUAAUGCAGAAAAUUUAUUUGGCUUUCAGAAUGAACAAUCAAUUAAUAAUAAAUCAAAUAAUAAUACUGAAAUAGAAAGUGAUUCUGAAUUAAUAAUUACUAGAUCAGAAUUAAAAAAUAAAAAACGUGUUAGCAAUGAAAUUGAAUUAAGUAAUAGUGAGAAUAAUUCUGAUUAUGAUAAUUCAUUAUUAAAUCAAAAUGAGGAAGACAAUUUGCAAUCAGAUUCAGAAAUUUGGGAAAAUUCAUUUUAUAGAAGUACUGAUAUUAAUAGUGAAUUAGCAGAUAAUAAUGAAAGUGAUGAUUGCAAUAGUUAUGAAUUAGCAAAUAGCAAUGAAAGUGAAGAUGAUAUUAAUGAAUCUGUAGAUAGUGAAGAAA